AUGGAUUAAAAAAAAGUGGGAAACUAUUACUUAUUUUAUAAUAAGUUGCUUGGCAAAGGAGCUUUGGGAGAAGUUAUUGUUGGCCAAAGAAUUGCAGAUAAUAAACUAGUGGCUGUCAAAAUUAUAAAGAAAUAAUAUCUUGAAGGAAAACAAAAUUUCGAGAAGUAUUAUAUUUUGUUUGAAUCAGAACUGGAUUAAAAAGGAGCAUUUAAAGAGAAAUUGUCAUCUAAAAGUCCCUCGAUCAUAAAAAUAUCAUUUAGAUGUACGAAGCAAAAGAAUCUGGCAAUAAUAUUUACAUGUUCAUGGAAUUAGGAGAAUGUACACUCUAGGAUUACCAAUAAAAACGUACAUAUCAUUUUCGCAUUUUAAGAUAAGUUAACUAAUGAAGACGUUAAGAAAAUAAUGAUAUAAUUGUUGUAAGCCUUACAUCACAUGGUUAAUUUUAAAUUGACUAAUCCAUUAUAAAACAAUAAGGAAUAUCGCGGAAUCUGUCAUUUAGACUUGAAACCUUAAAACAUUCUCAUGAUAGGCGAUAUACCAAAAAUAACUGAUUUUGGAAUGUCGAUUUAGAUGAACAAUGAUCAACCUUCAGAAAUAAGUACCAUGACUGAGGAAUUAAGUCAAACUCAUCACUUCUACUUAGGAAAAGGCAGUCUAGUAUGA